GUCUGAAAAGUGAUCCCUUCGGGCUUACUUAUUCAUGUUCUCAGUGGUUGCUCGUCGACUACGUAGUUAAUUCCUUAUUGUCUGUUGCAUUUGUCAUUUUAAAGCUUGCCGUCAAUAAGAAGCUAUAAAUUUUGUGACAAGAGGCGUAAUAAAAAUUUACAAAAUUGUUUUUCGUAGUUAAGCGAACUAAAACUUUUAUUAGUACUACUUAAGACAUAAUGAGCAAAAGAGGCUUAAUAACUUCUAAUUCGCUUUUGUCCAACGUUUAUCAUCUCGUCAUAGAAGACGUCAUAAAUAACAUUCAAGAAGAAUUUGAGAGUGAGUCCGUGGAUGAGCAAGUUUUAUUAGAUUUGCGCCUCAUGUGGCAAUUAAAAUUACAUCAGAGCCACGUUAUGGGGCACUCGUUGUUCGGCUCUACGGAUGAGGGAAGCAGAAGUGGACCGUACAGUUAUGAAUCUUUAUACGAUUACCCUCAUGACCAGCAAUCUUUCUAUAGCUACGCUAAUCUUGAUCAGAGAGAUUCUUUGACGAGUGGAGAUGCCUCUGCCCUGGGUACUGCCAACAACUUUUAUAGCAAGGGUUCACUUCAAAACAGAUAUCCCACAUACCUUCCUCAAACUGACGGCGCUGACGAUUUUCCUUUAACUAGACAUCUACCACAAGGAGAAAGUUUUAUACCUUCAGAAGAGAAAAGGCCCGAUUGCAGCCUUUUACAAGUAGAUGGGCUGAGUGAGAACUUAAUUUCUGACAAAGAGAGAGCCUCUCGAACUCAGAGUAACGCCGAUCUCAGCAAAGAGGAAGAUGGGGAACUAAAUUCCGAUUUAGACUCCGAAAAUGGUGAAGAACCUGACACUGAAGAUGUAAUUUUAUGCCAGUACGACAAGGUGACGCGUAAGGGAAUUAAGUGGAAGGUUACUCUAAAGGACGGGAUAAUGCAUGUUGGCGGCCGCGAUUACGCCUUCCACAAGGCGACAGGAGAGUUUGAGUGGUAGUAGUGUUUAUCGUGGGCUGAUUUUAAAAAGGACACACCAAGCACCGUAAUGCUCGCACUUUGCCAUACCGGAUUCAGCAAUGCAACUCUUUUUUUGGUUUCCACUAAAGAAAUUUCUAUAUAUAUCUUGCCUUUUGCGCCAAGCGUAAAACCAAAAAGAUUUAAUAAAGAAAAGAAUUGAAUUUCA